AUUUAGUUUCUGUCCGCUUAGUGAGUGAGUGAGCGGCCCAUCAGAUGGAGAGUUUAUCCUGAAUCAGCAGAUGAGUGUGUCCAUCUCUCUCUCGGUCUCUCAGUCAGUCAGUCUCUCUCAGGACAGCAGCAUCAUGACUCGAACACUCCUCAAAAUCUACACCCUCUUCAUCCUCCUCCUGUGCCGACAGUGCGACGCAAACCGCAAACUCCUGGUGUUUCUGAUCGACGGAUUCCGCCACGAUUAUAUGGACGAUUUACACAACUUGCCCGGCUUUCGAGAGAUCGUGGAAAACGGCGUCAAAGUGGAUUACCUGACUCCAGACUUCCCGAGUCUGUCCUAUCCGAACUACUACUCUCUAAUGACCGGACGCCACUGCGAGGUGCACCAAAUGACUGGGAAUUACAUGUGGGACACAGACACCCAGAAGGAAUUCCUGAUCGGAACCAAUCCGGACAGCCGUCUGCCCAUGUGGUGGGAUGGAUCAGAGCCGCUGUGGGUCACCAUGCAGAAACUAGGGAAAAAAGUCUAUAUGUACUACUGGCCAGGUUGCGAAGUGACCAUUCUCGGAGUCAGACCUACGUUCUGUGAGGAAUAUGUGUACAAUCCUUCAGAGAAAAACCUGACGGACUCAAUGGAGAACGCUCUCAAUGCGCUAAAGAGCAGUAAAGCAGACAUGGCUGGCAUUUAUUAUGAGAAGAUUGAUGUGGAAGGGCAUCACUUUGGGCCUCGCUCUCCGGAAAUACAGCGCGCCAUUCGCUCCCUGGAUCAGGCUUUCCAGAUUCUCAACCAGAAAAUCAGGGAGAAGAAUAUGAGGGAUACUAUAAACGUGGUGCUGUUUUCUGAUCAUGGCAUGACGCAGCUGAAGUGGAUGGAGAAGAUCAUUGAACUGGACAACUACAUCGACAUGUCCCACAUCAUUAAAAUGAUGGACAGAGGGCCCGUGGUCAGUCUGUGGCCCAAACAGGACAAGUUUGAGGAGAUUUAUCAGAACCUGAGCACAGCGGACAACAUGAACGUUUAUAAGAAACACGACAUCCCAGACCGUUUUCACUACAAGAAUGGGCAGUUCGUCUCGACGCUAACGCUAGUCGCAGAGCCUGGAUGGUUUAUCACAGAGAAUAAAGCCAAACUGCCCUUCUGGAACAACGGCACAGAAGCAGCUGAGGGCUGGCAACACGGCUGGCACGGCUAUGAUAAUGAGUUUGUGGACAUGAGGGGAUUUUUUCUGGCACAGGGACCAGACUUCAAGAGCAACUACCGUGCGGGUCCCAUCCGAACAGUCGAUGUGUAUAAUGUCCUGUGUAAGACGCUGGGGAUGAAUCCUCUCCCGAACAAUGGCUCGUGGUCCCGUGUGGAGUGUAUGAUGAGGAGCUCUGCUGCUACGGCCGGAGCUUCACUGAUCUCCUGCUGUUUCCUGCUGCUCCUCGCGCUCACCGGCGUCUGCUAACAUUCAUCCAGGUUCACCAGUAAUCAACACACCUGAUAAACCCCAGGAAAAACAUUGGUAUCAGCUUUUUUAAUUUGCUGCGCUGCCUCUAUUUUUGGAGCUGUACAUAUCACCCGGUGCUGAUGGAGUUGAAGAAACGAUUGGCCCUUUUGCACAUUUUCUUUCUCUGAAAUGGGAUGACCUUUGAGAUUUAUAUUUUAGUAAGGUGAUCUCUGUGUUCUCCAAAUGUUUUCUGUCGUCUCGUGAAUAAUUAAUGUAGCCUGUCCAACAUAGGCUUAUUCUGAAAAUGUAUCCCUAUAUACAUUUUUGGAGAUCGCGACUUAUGUAGCCAGAGGUACGUAUGGCAGCAUUUAGUCUUUAAAACGAAUGCUAGGGGGCGGUAUGACGUCAUUCCUUUUCACGCUAGCAGCUGACCACUUACCUCUGAAUGGACGGCUUUUCCCCGUUACCAGUUUAUCCAGUAGCUCGCCUUGCACGUCGGCGGACUUGAAAUGCAGUGAGUUGACCACGAUGAUUGGGUGUCCGGUGAAGAAUGGUUGUAGAAAGCAGGUAAGA